CACUUGGUGAUCUUUGGCAGCAGCGCGAGCUUCGAUCCAUUGAUGGCUGAAGAAGCUCUGAAUCCGAGCUGGAGAAUCAGGCCAAAUGUUUGGUAAAAUGCAGUCUUUUGAUGCACUACACCUCAGUGAAUGGCAGAAACAUUAUUUCAAUAUAAUCUCCAAUGAUUGCACACCUGGACAGAGGGCCGAUGCUUAUCGUGGACAAAUUUUGCAGUUGCAGUAUGCAUGGGCAAACUCUGAUAUCUCUCGGGACUGUGCUGCCAGCUCAUUCAGGAGAUGCACUGAAAAAUAUUCAGCCAUUAUUGACUCGGACAGUGCAGAGAUUGGGUUGAAUAAUUAUGCUGACAGCGUUCUGAGUUUGUCAAGAUGUCAAAAGAAUGAAAGCAAUCAGUGGCAGUCUUUGUUGACUGAAGACAGUAUUUUCAAAUUAAAAAGUGUGCAGGCAAUGUUUAAAUCUGGCAAAACUAGAGACUUGCUGGUAUCGGCAGCUGAUGUUUCGACAGUAGUCGGGAAAGCCAAUUACAUGACAAACUUAGACUGUCAUAAAGUGGAAACUGCAUCUGUCAGUAAUACAGAAGCUUCAGUUCCUAAAAUUAAAACAUUAACAUUUCUUGAAGGCACAUCAGUGGACAAAGUCAAUGUAAACUAUUCUUCAGACAAGUCCUCCACAAAUAAUGCCUUUACAUGUCCGAAAAUAGCGCAAAAUCUGUCAACUGCUAAGCCAGUGACUGAUGAAACUAGUGCCUUGGGAUCUACAGAUAAAUUUUCAUCGGCACCUUUGAAAAGCCUCUCUGGUGGCCCUUUGUUUGGAUUGAGCAAAGUAGCAAGUUGUACUGUACCUCAGACAAGUCAACUAAGAACUGUAUCUGGACAGUGUAUGCCUAUUAAUAAUAAUCUGGCCCUUGUGGCACCUGGUAGCACAUCAAAGAGGAAAUCUUCCUGGGUAUCGGGAGAUGGCAGCAGUGAUUCAUAUAAUAACAUGAGUUAUGGACACUUUCAAAACCAAAACUGGACUAAUUCUAAUCAAAAGAGUUUUGAUAAUGUGACCAGAAAUAUGAAAUGUGAUGGAGGCGCUGCUGAUGAAGGUUUUAUAACGAAUUUUAAAACUGCUAAGGAGCAACUGCAUGUUGAUCAACAGAAAAAGUUUGGAAAUCAGUCUCGACCUCAGCAACUACCUGUAACAAUGCCAUAUAAUUGUUCAAAAAAGUCGUUGGGCACAGUCAGGUCUCGUGGUUUAUUUGGUAAAUUUGUUUCUCCAGUAUCAAAACAGGAUAAUGGUGAUGAAAAUGGUGGAUUGUCUUCAGUGCCUCAUGAGAACAGUUCUUCUGAACCCACUCCACCAGUGGAUGAAUGUUUGAAGAAUCUUGAGCCAAAGAUGAUUCAACUCAUUAUGAGUGAGAUCAUGGACCAUGGUCCCCCAGUGAACUGGGAUGAUAUAGCUGGGCUGGAGUUUGCUAAAACAACAAUUAAGGAGAUAGUGGUUUGGCCAAUGCUUAGACCAGAUAUCUUUACUGGACUCCGUGGUCCACCCAAAGGAAUUCUCUUAUUUGGCCCUCCUGGAACAGGUAAAACGCUAAUUGGCAAGUGCAUUGCUUGCCAGUCAGGUGCUACUUUUUUCAGCAUCAGUGCUUCAUCACUAACAUCCAAGUGGGUUGGAGAAGGUGAAAAAAUGGUACGUGCGAUGUUUGCUGUAGCACGCUGCCACCAGCCUGCAGUUAUCUUUAUUGAUGAAAUUGAUUCUCUCUUGUCCCAACGAGUCGAUGGAGAACAUGACUCUUCUCGAAGAAUAAAAACUGAGUUUUUAGUGCAGUUAGAUGGUGCUACUACUUCAGCAGAUGAUCGUAUUCUUGUGGUUGGAGCCACAAACCGACCCCAAGAAAUAGAUGAGGCAGCUCGUAGACGUCUGGUCAAAAGACUGUACAUCCCUUUACCUGAAGUAUCAGCAAGGAGGCAGAUAGUGGUGAAGUUGAUGUCUCAUGAAAACUGUUCUCUGAGUCCAGAGGAAUUGGAGUUGAUCAUUGAACAAUCUGAAGGAUUUUCAGGCGCUGACAUGACUCAACUUUGUCGUGAGGCAGCCUUGGGGCCAAUCCGCAGCAUUCAGAUAGCGGACAUCGCCACUAUCACUCCUGACCAAGUGCGGCCUAUUGCAUUCAUAGACUUUAAAAAUGCUUUUGUAAAUGUGAGGCCAAGUGUGUCCCUGAAAGACCUUGAGCUGUAUGAGGAAUGGAAUAAAACAUUUGGCUGUGGCAGAUGACUAACAAAAUUGCAUAGGAAUAUAGGAGCAUACAGAAUUGACAUCUUUCAAAUUAAUUUUUUAGGGAUACUUUUGUGGUGUUGGAUGUUUGUUCUGUCAAGCAUGUGUACUAACGUUAUCUUUUACAGAAAGAAUACUUUCAGUGAAAUACUUAUAUUCAAAUCAGCUUAAAUUGCUUUGUUCCAUGUUGACAGCAAAUUGUGAUAAUUCAGGCUGCAGAAGCCUUUAUUUUUCCUGUCAAACGAGGUCUUCCAUAAAAGUAGCCAAUUUUUUGUUUCAUUUUGAACUUAAAAAGAAAAUCACCAGUCAGGAAAUCUGGCCAUAAAGAAUUGAAUUGUCAGAACUGUUACCAGCAGUUUUGUCCCUGUGUUUGACUUACAUUGAAUAUACAUAACAUUCCAUAGAAAUUUUACAGUCCGAUCACCCAAAUGAAUGUGACUGACCAAUUAAUACUACUUCUGGAUUUGAAGACAGUUGAAUUUACAAAAAUGGUUGAAGAUUUGAAAUAAGUACAUCUGAUCUCCUCUUUAGCAGGGAUAUCACUAAUACAAAUGAACAAUGGGAAAACUUUAAAGCUAUUCUAAGGCAAAAAAGAAACAUGUAAAUCCCUAGUGUCAAAAGAAGGGGAGAUAAGGUUUUGUUUUAUUAAGUGGCUAGCUCAUGAACUUAGAUUUAAACCAAAAUGUUUUUAGUUAUUAAAUGAAAAAUCCUAGGCGAACAAUGAUAGACACUGGACCCCUUUAAGCUUCCCUUAGGCCUUUCAAUGCAUUCAUUAGAGCAGCCAGAAGAUUAGUUGAAAGAAGAUUUUAGAUAACUUAGUAAGAGCAGCAUCUUUGAGUUAUGUUGGUUGUAACAAACACGUCUAUUGAAGGACGUUGCACAGUAAACUAGUGGACUUCUAAAAAAAAAAGGCAGAGAUUUUAAAUAGUUACUUCGCAUCAGUCUAGUAGGUGAUGCUCAAUUGCUGUUAAUAUAAUGUGCUGUUAGCACUAACACAAUAAUGUCAAAGUAGAUGCAGAUAAAAUCUAUGAUAAGAUAAGGGCUCUUAUCUAAUUGGGCUACUACAUUUUUUUCAGCAUUCACCUCUGGGUGCUAACGGAGAAUAAAGAUGUGUUGUUUA